AUGGAUCCGCGGCGAAUGGAACAGUGGACAGAUGAUGACUUCCGGGAGGUUAAGAAUGCUGUAGAUCAGAUGUUCACGGCGUUGGAGACAUACACGGCUGCGCUUCUGCAAAAGGCGCCCCUGUGGGACAACAGUCCUAACAUUGGGACCUUCAUUUCAGGAAAUCUGAGGGACCUGGGCGAUGCGACCUUGGACGAGGGAGGUGAGCAAGGCAAGGAAGAUUCUAGCUCGGACGAAGACGAGGAUAGAGCUUCAGGACGCUCGAGGAUAAGGGCUGUGAGGUACCACACCCCCUUGAAGUGUAUGCCGCUCCAUUUGGCAGUGAUUCGCUGUCUGCAGGCGUGGACUCCCCCUCCCCCUCCCGGCAAAAGUACCUGGGACUUGGUCAAGGAAGUGCUGAGCCCUCGCAUGGUGGCCCUGGUGGUCACCAAUGGUGUAUCUGAGCAGGUAGCCGGAUUGUUUGGAGCAGACGCCGAGGCUGGGCAACGGAUGAUCAGCCGCGGAGAGGACUCUAGCAAAGCGAAAUUUUGGAUGCACUGGUAA